GGCAUUUCCACACCAAAUUUGAAUUAUGAAGUCAAAUGUUCAUCUUUUUAAUGCAUUUAAUUAAAUAAUAACACUGUUGGUUCUUUUGGGCCAUUUGAGGGGAAACGAGAUGCUAACAACACUAACACUGAAUGAUAAAACAAGCUUGUUAGCAAAGUUUCCUCUUCAUUUAUACAUCCAGCAGAAUAUCAUUAGCACUCAUUGGAGUUGAGUUUCUGGCAAAUUCUACAAAUGACAACAGAGCUUCCUGUUUUUGUGCCGUCUCCUCCGCGGCAGCUUGACGCUCCUCGGGGUGAGGAGAGGAGAGAGAGGAGCUCCGCCAGCGGACCAGGGAGAGAGAGCGUGGUGAGGAACCCCAGCAGCCCCAGGAGAGUGAGAGCCGGACCGGCUGGACCCCCCGGAGGAGGACACGUGAGAGAACCACGUUGCCACGGGAGAGGCCUCAGUUCAGGGCUGCAGUAUGUUCACUUCAGUGAAGGCCUUCGAGGGGCAGCAGUACUCCACCCUGAAGAGGCAGUGCUUGCAGAGUGGCCUGCUCUUCGAGGAUCCCCGCUUCCCCGCCUUCGACGACUCGCUCUUCUACCAGGGCAACAGGAUCGGGCGUGUGGUCUGGAAGAGGCCUCGGGAGCUGUGUGAGGAUCCUCACCUGUUUGUGGAUGGCAUCAGCGCACACGAUUUACAUCAGGGCCAGCUGGGGAACUGCUGGUUUGUAGCGGCAUGCUCCAGCCUGGCCUCCAGAGAGGCUCUGUGGCAAAAAGUCAUUCCCGACUGGAAGGAGCAGGAGUGGGAUACGGAGAAGCCGGAAUCGUAUGCGGGGAUUUUCCACUUCCGCUUCUGGCGCUUUGGAGAGUGGGUGGACGUGGUGAUUGACGACCGGCUGCCCACGGUAGACAACCAGCUGGUGUACUGCCACUCCAACGACAGCAACGAGUUCUGGAGCGCCCUGGUGGAGAAGGCCUAUGCCAAGGUGUACGGCUGCUACGAGGCCUUGGACGGGGGAAACACGGCCGAUGCGCUGGUGGAUUUCACGGGUGGUGUUUCAGAGCCCGCGGACCUGCUGGAGGGUCAGAUGGCAACGGACGAGGUGGCCCGAAACCAGCUGUUUGAAAGAGUUCUCAAAGUCCACAACAGAGACGGUCUCAUCAGCUGCUCCAUCAGGGCGACCACGAUAGAGGACAUGGAGGCUCGGUUGGACUGCGGGCUGGUCAAAGGCCACGCCUACGCCGUGACAGACGUACGGAAAGUGCGGCUCGGUCACGGACUGCUGGCCUUCUUCAAGUCGGAGAAGCUGCACAUGAUCCGCAUGAGGAACCCCUGGGGGGAGAAGGAGUGGAGCGGCCCCUGGAGCGACAG